AUGGAAGGAGUUAUCUCAACUUACAAAACAAGAAUAAACCUUCUUUCUGCGGGGCUCAGGGUUAGUAGCUCUCAAGUGGGGCGGGACCCGGGCCAGCCGGAGGCUGGGCACACCCGACCCACAGGCGAGGAAGGCCCUAGAGAACGUUACCUUUUCCAGGUGCAGGCGCGACAGCAGCACCGGGUUGCAGCUCUGCGGGCUCUGGUUGUAGGAAGGGUGGUACUUCUCAGGCUGUCUUCAUUCGGGGAGCCGCCGCAGGCCGCCACGGUCGCGGUAGGCACAGGCCCUGGCCAGCACUUCCCUGGGCAGGUGGCAGGAUGUCCGCCCGCACAUCGUCGUCGCGCUUGCCCUGCAAUCAGCAAACACCGGGAAGAGAGCGCUCGCGGGCCUCCGAACAGCCACCCGCGCUGGGAUCCGAUCCGAAACCCUUCCGCAGUUCCUUGGAAACUUCCCGGAGCUCCCGCCUUCGCCCCCAACCUGACGGCGCGCAGGGGGUCGCGGCAAAAGCCGACUCCCGAGAACACCGAAGACCCCAAGGCCUACAGCCCAAGGCUCUUUCCCGCGCUUCGCGGAACCCGGUCCCACGCUCGACGCCGCGCCUCGUCUCACCGUCAGUCAGCUUUGCAGCCAGCCAGCCGUCGCCUCCUUUCUAGCCGCCGCGCGCGCGCUCAGCCCCGCCCACCGCGCUCCGCCAACCGGAGCCGCCCUCCGGAUAGGCCCCGCCCCCGCGCUGCGGCCUCGGGUGUCAGACCGCCUUCCGGAAAGACCGAGAAAGUGCCUACGGGACCUCGCGGUCCCCGGCUUCUCCGGCUGGCUAGGUUAACCCUCGACCUCCCGACCUCGCCUAUGGCGCUCAUGGGCGCCCCAGUGUCUAGAUUCCAGUCCAGAAAGAACAUAAAAAAGCAGCAGUGUGAAGCUGUUGUGGGGGCCCAGUGUGGCAAUGCAGUGUUGCGAGGAGCCCACGUGUAUGUUCCAGGAAUUGUGUCAGCUUCGAGCUUUAUGAAAGCUGGAGAUGUUAUUUCUGUGUACUCCGAUAUUAAAGGGAAAUGUAAGAAAGGAGCCAGAGAGUUUGAUGGAACAAAAGUGUUUCUUGGAAAUGGAAUUUCUGCACGAAGCCGCAAAGAAAUCUUCAGUGGCCUAUGCGAACUGAAAGGUAUAGGUAUAAGAAUGACAGAACCAAUAUAUCUGAGCCCAUCAUUUGACAAUGUACUGCCCGGUUACUUAUUUUUACAGAAUUUACCAUCUGCUGUAGUAACUCACGUUCUACAUCCUCAGCCCGGAGAGAGGGUUCUAGAUUUGUGUGCAGCACCUGGAGGUAAAGCAACACAUAUUGCAGCACUGAUGCACGAUCAGGGAGAAGUAAUAGCACUGGAUAAAAUACCCAACAAAGUGGAAAAAAUAAAGCAGAAUGCUUUGUUGUUAGGACUGAAUUCCAUCAAAGCAUUUUGCUUUGAUGGAACAAAGGCACUUAAACAUGAUAUGACUGAGGACACACAAGAAGGACCUCCAUUCUCACCAGAAUCUUUUGACCGAAUUCUCCUUGAUGCACCCUGCAGUGGAAUGGGACAGAGACCAAACAUGGCUUGUACUUGGACUUUGAAGGAAGUGAUGUCAUAUCAGCCACUACAGCGAAAACUCUUUUCUGUGGGUCAGGAGGAAGGCUGCUGUAAGGGGACAUGGAGCAAAGGUGACCUGCGAAAGGAGUACGCAGUGUGGGGAAGGAGUGUCCCAGAGUUCCAGCCGGGCGAAAGAUCCCGAGGUGGGGCGAGCCUUGCCGAGUUCCAGAGACAGCCGGAGGCCAGUGGCUCUAAAGCAGGACACGAGCUAUUUGCAGCCCAGCUGCUGAAGCCAGGAGGCAUGCUCGUUUAUAGCACGUGCACUAUCACCCUGGCAGAAAAUGAAGAGCAGGUUGCCUGGGCCCUCAGCACAUUUCCUUGCCUCCAGCUUCAGCCCCAGGAGCCACGGAUUGGAGAAGAAGGGAUGAUGGGAGCUGGCUUAUCACUUGAACAGUUGAGAUAGCUGCAGCGAUUCGAUCCAUCUGCUGUGCCAUUACAGGACCCUGACCAGGAUGCUCUUAGAGAUGCCACAGCAGAAGACAUGAUCCGGCUGGCAAAUAAGGAUUGUAUAGGUUUUUUUAUUGCAAAAUUUCUAAAAUGGAAAAGCACAUCAGAGAAGGAUCCUCAGAAAUGAAAAUUCCACAUCCUUGCUUUCUGUUCUAUUCCCCUCAUAUCUCUUAAACCAGAGUGACAUCAGGCCACCUAAGGAUAGUAUGGUUGCCAAGGAAACAGGAGAUGGCCGGUGGUUUCACCAGGACUGCCAGUGGUUUCAUCAAGACAGAGAAUUGUGUGUAUGGGUGGGGGUUGUGAAAUUAUGUUCUGGACUGAAAAAAUGUUUUCUAGGAUUCAGUAGUGUAUAAAGCAAAGGAGCUACUUAUGGAUGCCUGUAACAUUUUCAUUUGGGGUCUUGUUUUAAUUAAUAAAGAAUAAUACUAAAAAUUAGUAUUUAA